AUGUCGAAGAAGACUGUUGACGUGCCAGCAGGCCUGCGUGAAAUACUUCAGGAUUUCACAGUUGCUGUUUUGCGCAACCGGCCAUCGAAUAUUAUAAAUUUUGCAGCGGAAUAUUUUGAAAUGAAAAAAAACCAACAGAAGGAAAACGAAGAUGCCGAAAGCGAGGAGGAGAUUAUGGCACCUCCAAUUCGAGCUAGGCGUCGUCAAGGCGUUGCAGCAGAGAGCUAUGAUCCGGAAAAGGAAGACAAAUUUGAAAAGGUCGUUUAUGAGAAAACAGACGAACAACGACAAAGACUGGCCAAUGCGACCAAGGGAAUUCUGCUUUUUAGGUGCCUCGAUGAGGAUCAAAUGCGGGAUGUCAUUGAUGCCAUGUUUGAAAGGAAGGUGGACGUUGGGGAAAAGGUCAUUACUCUGGGCGAAGAUGGUGACAACUUCUACGUGAUCGAAAAAGGAGUUUAUGACAUUAUUGUGAAAGUGGAUGGUGUUGAGAAAAAAGUUGGACAAUACGAUAACAAUGGAUCUUUUGGUGAACUUGCGCUUAUGUAUAACACGCCGCGAGCAGCUACAAUUCAAGCCACCACUCCUGGGAUUUUGUGGGCAAUGACUCGGGAAGUAUUUAGGAGUAUCGUAUUAAAGAGUGCUUUCAAAAAGAGGCAAAUGUACGAGGAGCUACUUAACCAGGUGCCCAUUCUUCAGAGCCUCAGUGCCUACGAACGAAUGAGCAUUGCCGACGCUCUCCACACGCAAAUUUAUGAGGGUGGCACAAAGAUCAUUAGUCAGGGACAGGAAGGUGAUGAAAUGUACUUCGUUGAGGAUGGUGAAGUUCGAAUAACCAUGAAAAAGUCAGGGUCAGAUGAGGAAACUGAACUCACUCGCAUCAAGAAGGGAGGUUACUUUGGUGAGCUUGCUCUGCUGACCAAACACCCUCGCGCCGCCUCUGCCUAUGCAGUUACCCGAACAAAGUUGGCUCUUCUCGAUGUAGGCAGUUUUGAGCGUCUCCUUGGACCUUGCCUCGAUAUUCUUCGGCGCAACAUUGACAACUAUGAGAAUCAGUUGAAGUCUGUUUUCGGCAGUCUAGACAAUGUACCCGAGUUGCGUCAUUAG